GAGAAAGAAUAGGAGGAGAUUAGGUUGGGUGUGGAUAACAAAGUGAAAAUCAAGUGAAGAACUGGGAGUGCCCUUGUGUGUUCUGAUUUGCCUUUCCUCGAUCUUCUGUGCUUUUAAAAUCAACAGCUUGUUUGGAGUGUUUAUCAGACAUGUCUGCAGUUCCGACCAUGGAUUCUUUUAAGACCGUCUUACGGUUCCUGACCAACCAGAAGAGCACUAUUGGCUACAGCUUUAUGGCCAUUUUGACUAUAGGUAGUGAAAGAGUUUUUUCCAUGGUGUCUUUUCAGUGUCCGUGCAACCCCACACAGAAUUUUCCUUAUGGAAUAACUUUUCUUCUUGGCCCAGCCGCUGUUUUGCUGGCCAUCGGUCUCUUUGUUAGUGCACGUCUUUGGCGGUUAUAUACUGGGUGCUGUCUCAACCCAUGGAAACUCUGCCCCAAGGGUAACUGUGUGAGUUGCUUGUCAACGCUUAUUAAAGUACUGAGUAAUGCAUGCAUUGCCCCUGUUAUGUGGCUUUGCGUAGCAUUGCUCAAUGGAACCUUUUAUGAAUGUGCUGUCAGUGGCUUGGACAAUAACGUGGUGGUGGACCUCUUCUGCAAAAACAAGACAUCUGCAUGCCGGGCAGAACUAGCACGGGUACCUUGUGGUAGAACUCGGCUCUCCACGGAUGAGAACAACGAACUGCUGCUAAUGCUUCGAGCUCAGUCACAGAUCCUCGGCUGGUCCCUCAUUAUCAUUGCUGCAGUAGCAACACUUGUUGGGACAUGCUAUAAGAACUGUCGCUCUCAGGUGAGCUAUCUUCAGUUAACAUUUUGGAAAAUCUACAUGGAGAAGGAGCAGGAAAAGUUUGAAGCGUUUGCGGACGAUUACGCCACCAAACUGGCAGAACGGAAUCUCAAGAGCUUCUUUGACAACAAGGCAGCUGCACCAUUUCCCUUUCCAAACCAUAAGGCCUGGGAGGAGAUCUCUGCUUCAUAUAUGUUUACCAAAAGUGAACAGUAUUACAGCACCCUUCAGAGAUAUGUUGAUGGAGCAGACAGGAAAUACGACCCUGAAAUGCAACCGGUUCUAGGGAGUAAAGAUGAUAUAGAGAUGGCAUAGAAACACAAUGCAAUAUAACCAAUUAUAUAACCAUUGUGUACUUUUGAAGUCAUGUAUUGAUGUCAAAUUUGAAGGUUUUCAAAUUACUACCUGUGCAAAACAGCAUUAAUCUAUAGGGUUUUUAUAGUUUUGUUUUGUAAAUUAAGGAAUUGGAUUUGCACUGUGAAAGUUUAUUCUAGUAGCAUUUAUUUAGCUAUCUCAGAUCCUUCAUGGAUACUGAGAGAAAUAUGAUCCUGCUUUCUGGAAGUUGUUUACAGUGACAACAUCUUUAUUCCAGUGGUGCUUGAGGAGGUUUGAAUGUUACUGCCUCAACAAAGUCAAAGAAAAAGGUAAACCUAUUCUCAGGGCAUUUUUAUCUAAGGUUCUUUACAAUUGCACAUUUCCAAAUCUGUAAAUCAGGAAUUGUAAAAUCAUUUGACCUAAUAAUCUUCUUAAAACCUUUAAAACUAAAUUCUACAAUAUGGUCACAUUGUAUUAUGGCCUUCAACACAAUGUAGAACAUGGAACCACUACUUAUUUUCGUUUGAUGCUUUUAAAUAGACUAUGUGACAAACAGGAAACCCACAGUCAGACACCAGACACACAACACAUUGUUGAAGAAACUUGGUUUUCUCAGUAAUUUAGCCUAAUAGAGCUCUGCAGUUAAAUCAAGCUGCUCCUGUGAUAGUUUUUAAAAUUGCAUUAAUAAUACCAAAUUAUAUAUAUAUAUAUUUAUGUUUUUAAAACUGUGGUUGGUUUUCACCCUGUUGGUGGUGUACAUUUCCUGCAAUGUUGUGAAAGGAAAUGAUCAAACAUUUACAUGCAGUACUCAGGUUACAACGUUGCAGCAGAUUUCAUCAGUAUCAGGCUGGUUUAAUGCUAUAUGUGAGAAAAUGCUUCAAAAACAAAGUAAUAUAAGUUACAACAAUAACCUAAAAAACCAGAAGUAGUACUAACAAAGGCUAACAUGAAGCAGUAACAGCUGUCAAAUUGGGAACUGCAAUGACAAUACAGUCGAUCUGCCUCAUUUGUUUGUAUUAGGAAAUGAAGAUAAAAAAUUGUAUAAUCUAGUAAUAUGUUACAUUUUUUAAAAUUUCAUAUUUUGUACUUACAUUUUUGUAUAUUUUUUAUCUAUUAUCUUUUGUAUUAAAUUUCAUUAUUUGAAUUGCUAUUAUGUUUGCAACUUUAUACUGUAAAUGACACAAAGUGUAACAUCACUGCUGCAUAAAACAUAUAACAUCCGCUUAAAAAUGUACACUUAUAGAAACCUGUUUAGAUUGAUGAAAUGCUUUUGCU